AGCAAUUAAUUAAUCAAUCCCCAAUUUUCAACCAACACCAUUGGAGAUCACAACCCUCUUCAUCUUCUGUCCACUCAAUCUCAUUCAUCUCAACAUUCCAAAAUGGAAAAACACAUUGAAAAUUUCAUAAAAAAAAUCUCAUACUUAUCACUAACCCUCGCCACACUAACUCUCCUCCUCUCAAUCUUCUUUUUCCAAACACCCCCACAAAAUUGCCUCAACCAAAUCACAAACCAUCCAAAAACAUCAUGCGACGCAUCCCACAGACGCAUUACAACAAUCUCCAAAAAAAACCACCGUAUUUGGUCCACAAACACAUGGCGCAAAUCCGUACGUUCCUACACAACAAUCUUCAAUGGCCUAAACAUCAUUUCAAACAACACCCGUGUGUUAAUUGUGUCUGCAGGCGGCGGGCAGCCGGUAAUGGCAUUGAAAGAGCUGGGAAUUGUGGAUGUUAUGGGUGUCGAGUUAGUCGAUUCUCCGCCGUUGGUAAGGCGGGCUGAUCCGCAUAAUUUGCCUUUUUUUGAUCGGGUUUUUGAUUUGGUGUUUAGUGGGCAUUUGGGUCAGGCAUUGUUUCCGGGCCGGUAUGUUGGGGAAAUGGAAAGGAGUGUUAGAAUUGGUGGGAUGAUUGUUGUGUGUGUGGAAGUAUUUGGGGAUAGUGAAGUGAAGAAUGUGAUGACGUUGUUUAGAAAAUCGGAGUUUUUGGAAGUUAGGAAUGUAACGUUGAUGAGAUCGAAGAUGACGAUGGUUGUUGCUAAAAGGAUUAAAAAUGGUUCUUGAGGUUUUUAUGGAGGUGAAAUAAUGUGUAUGUGAAGCCUAUUGUAAAUUAUGAUUUAGCUUUUCAAUAUAUCAUGUUAUUUGUUGUGGACUUGUAGAUGGUUAUUAAUGUAUAUAGUCAAUGUUCAUUGCAGUCUUGUUUGGGUGAUUAUGAGUUUUUCAUAGCUUCUAGGCAGGACUUUGUUAUGUUUUCUAACGUGUUAUAGAAUGGUCAGCUUAUGCUUGGAUGUCUGUUUUGGAAGUGAUAGGUGAAAUAGGAUAAUCAAACCUACUACAGCUGAGAACAUUUUGAGCUAAAGAGACCUAUAUUAUGUAGACUAAGAAACUUGAUAUUCAUCUAAAGGUUAGUGUCACAUUGUAACUAGCAUUCGGCUAACUUGAGUUGGGUCCAGACAGGCCCCUAUUGGUGCAGACCUUGAUCUUGAGUGCGGUUUUAUUGGUUGGGUGUAAUUGUGCUGUGAUGUGGAAAUGGUGGCUUAAAUGAAGUUAUCAUAUUGUUUUGGAUAAUAGGAUUUUUCUCAGUCCAGAAAGCAACACUGAUGGGAUCAAAAGUAACUAUGAUCUUCAGCAUAAAGAUUAUCUUUCAUGAAGAUUUAGAGCUAACGUCUAUACUUCCUAUAGAGCUGGGCUAAUUGAGUUGAGUCCAGACAGGCACCUAUUGGUCCAUACUCCAUACCUUCAUAUCAAGUGGGGUUUUAUUGGUUUGGAGGUGUAAUCGUGGUGUAAUGGGGAAAUGAUGGUGUGAGUGAAUCUUGUUUUGGGAAAAAGGAGUUUUCUCAAUUCAGAAAAGCAACACUGAUGGGAUCAAAAGUGACUAUGAUCUCCAGUGUAGAUUAUCUUUCUUGAAGUUUUGGAGAUGACGUCUAUCUGGACAUGCUAUAGACCUCAUUCAUCUUCUUAGGCCGAGUGUUAUAGACCUCAUUCUAACCGCCACUAAUAGACCCUUCAAGCGAGAAAGUAACAUUGAUGGGAUAAAAAUUGACAAAUGGUGAUUUCCAAUAUAGUUGAAGUGCUUUCUUGAAGUUUCUGAAGCUCAUCCUUCUGCAAGUUACUGUAAAUUAUGUUUCAGGUUUUCAAGUUAUCAAGUUAAUUGCUUUAGAUAAUUUUCGAUAUUUACAUUGCAACUACUGUUGAAUUCUUGAAUUCUAUCAAGAUAGUAAUUGAUUGUUACAACUGGUUAAAAUCUAUAGUAACCAGACCAAUAUCAUGUGCAUAGUAAUUGUUUGUAACAACUGAUUUGUAUUUAUAUAUUGUAAUUUUUUAGUGGCAUGUUAACUUUGAUUAUGUGCCUUUAUAGCUUACAGUUGAUCGUAUCAUAUGUUACAACAAUAGUAGUUACUAAUGAUAGGUUACUAACUACUGUAUAUAUAUGCACAUUCGAACACCUUUUAGACUACUUUGAAACUUUAACUGUGAAUUGGUUCCCUUCGCACAUUCGAGGUUCCAUUAGACUCCUUGGAACCUUGGACAGUUAACUAGAAAUAUGCAAGUCUCGCCUAAUGGGUGGGGCUGUCUUGAGAUAUGUUCUGAUAGGCAGCAGGCCGAUUUAUCAAAAAAAUAUAUCUAAACCUAGCUUUUUGUUAUUGAUUUUUCUCAUAACAAGUCAUUUAGAGAAUGUAGGUUCGUACUACUUAGCAUGAGGCGGCAGUUUUAAGCUCACGUUUGACACUACGUAAUGACAAAUAGAUAAUUUUGACAAAUAGUAUUUCAGUUAAUCGAACUAGAAGCAUACAAAUUACCUGUUUGACCCCUUACCAAUGUAAUUGACCCUCCCAAGUCUCCCAAUUUACCCCCGACUUGAUUUCCAGUAUGGUUUUAAUGGAUAAAACACAAUCAGAUUCUUUAGGCAUAGCUCUUUCAUUUCUUUUGCUAUAAGUGUUGCUUUAAGCAGUUCUGUUUAUCUAAAGAAUGCCACACAACAGGCAAAUUCACAAACACUCAUUUUAACCUGUAGUUAUUUCAAACAAAGUUUACCAUGUAACAUACUUGCAUUAACAUGACAAUUAAUAUACAGAAGUCUGCAACAGUUGGACAACCAAAUAAUGAAACAACUUACAAAUUGAAGAAAAGAGAGCUCCACCUAUUCUUUAUUUUUUUUUCUUUUUUUUUUCUGUACAUGCUAUAGAUUUCCAAGGCCGGAGAAUCCCCUGGAAAACAAAAUUCUCUGACACGAGUACAUGACAAAUCUAGUGGUUACAGACAAUCUUGGAAAGUUUUGAAGUUUUAAUGAUCUCGACCUGCUUAACUCCCAACUGUGGUCUGCAUGAAAUUGUGGGAUACAUUAAGGUUCACAAUAUUGUAACAUUUCAGAGUUUUUCAAGCGAGAAAUUAAUGUUGACGGGGUAAAAUAAUUGUUGUUCCUUCUUUUGAAGUUUUUGAAGCUCAUUUACGUGUAACUUCACUGUAUUAUACUUUUGGAGGCUCAUCACAUUUACGUGUAACUUCACUGUAUUAUACUUUUGGAGGCUCA